GGAUGGAAAAUACUUGUUUGUCAAACAAAAUUAUACUUUAGGGAGUGAAGGGAUUUUUAUUGGAGGCAAAGCGUGUUACAUAUUAAAAACUGAUAACGGUUUAGUCUAUGUUGUGUACAUAAAGGCUUACUUUUAAGCGUAAAAAAAUAAAAGACACAUAAUUCAAGAGAUAAAAAACAGAACCCAUUUGGUUCGGAAACAUAAUAAUGGUUUCAAAAAUAAUUAGAAUCUAGUUUAAUUACUUCGAUAAGUCGUCAUUAACGUGUAAUAAUAUACAAUCAAAUAGAAAAACCAAACACAUUGCCCAAUCGAUAACAACACAACAUUUAUACAAAUUCAAGGUCCACGAUAUUAUUUACUAUCUGUGAAAUCACGUUACAAUACUUACAAGUACUUUUAUGUUAUUCCAAAUGAAUCAGCGAUUAUCUGUAAUAUGUACUACCACCACUAUAAAACUCGUGGAUGAAUGACUAUUCAUUUCAAAUUGCAACUGAGUUUAGAUCAUAAUGAACGCAUUAAUUGUUCUCAUUUUAAUUCAUGAAGCUAUCUCUACUGAUAACAGUCUUUAUCACCACACACACAAUUCAGGAAUAACCAAUGGCUACUCUUGCCUAGGAGAUUGCGUGAACAAUGGAUGCAUCUACGACUGGUGGGGCCACACAGAUACUUGCACUGUAAGCCAAGUUCCAUCUCCAGUCUUCAAAACGAUCAAAGGAACCAACUGCUACAGCAAUUGUGGAGGUUUCAACGCUGAGCCCUUCGCGUGGUGUGCUACCUUAGUAGACAAUUCUAUCAGUUGGGAUUACUGUACUAGAUAUGAAGCAAGAACUGCCACUAAGCGAACCCAGACGGAUAACUACUUGUACAUAUGUACUGAUGAUUGUAGCAAACGGGGAGAAACUUACAACUGGUGUCAUACCCAUAAUUCCUGGGAGAAAUGCGACCCAGAACAUGUGGUACUAGUUUUCAACUAUCCUACAGAAAAAUCCAAUGAUGAAUGCAUUUCAAGAUGCGUGUUGUACAAAGGUGAUUAUAAGUGUUACGACAAGAAUAAAGAGUGGAAAAAAUGCUAUUUAAAUCCAGAUAAAAGUCUAAUAUUGUUUGAGUUUGGUCAAAACAUUAACAGAGCUUUGCAGUACUUUGGAGUUUUGGAUGAAUCUGGAUAUGAACAAUGUUCUGAGUCGGAAUAUAGAAAGAAGCGGGCGAUAAAUUCACAAUGGCCUUAUAUAGAGAGUGUAAGAGAUUUGGUAGCAGAGUUUGAAUCCGGGUUUCCGACUAUGGUUCCUAAUGACGGGGGGCCAGUCCAGUCAUAUACAGUGCUACCGAUUCCUGUUCCUGGUCAAGAUGAUAUCAUAAUACCUUUGGCUAUACGAGCUGUGAUUACCAGGAAUCAUAUCCGGCCGCCUGGUACCCGAGGGAACAUUCCAUCUACCGUCACAAGGAAUAUCGCAAUGAUGAAUCCUUACACGUCACGGCUAGAUGGCAACAAUGACGAGCGAGCGCAUCUCUUGGCGGCUGUACUUGGUGGAGCCAUGGAGCCAUAUAACUUUAUUCCACAACCUAGGUCUUUCAAUCGUGGUCGUGGUUCUAGAUGGUAUUUUCUAGAAGGUCUCAUCGCUCGGUUUCUUAGAGAACCAGGCCGAGCUGGACGGUAUGUAGACUGGCAGAUGGCUCUUGCAUAUGACGUGUACUCAGCUCGUCCGAAUCGGCCAUUAUCAGUUUCUCUGAGCGUGAGGAUGUAUGAAGCGGACGGUACGCUAAACGUCACAUCAGGGGUAUAUGAAAACUUGUAUUUUUCUAAUAAUCCCUUGUGGACUUGUCGCGUCUUCUUUUCUGGAAGUGGAUAGAUCCUUUGUGUGUCCACUUAAGUGUGUAUGUACUUUUGUACACCUACUAUUUUUUUUAUAUUUUUAAAAUAAGAUACCUACUUAUAAUUGCAGAAAAAUACGCGUCACACGUUUAGGUAUAACAUGCCUUUUUAGGGUUCCGUACCCAAAGGGCCAAACGGGACCCUAUUACUGAGACUUCGCUGUCCGUCCGUCCGUCCGUCUGUCACCAGGCUGUAUCUCAUGAACCGUGAUAGCUAGACAGCUGAAAUUGUCACAGAUGAUGUAUUUCUGUUGCCGCUAUAACAACAAAUACUAAAAACAGAAUAAAAUAAAUAUUUAAGGGGGGCUCCCAUACAACAAACAUAAUUUUUAUGCCGUUUUUAUAAAUAAUGGUACGGAACCCUGCAUGCGCGAGUCCGACACGCACUUGGCCGGUUUUUUUUAAUACUACGCCGGUGGCAAACAAGCAUACGGCCCGCCUGAUGGUAAGCAGUCUCCGUAGCCUAUGUACGCCUGCAACUCGAGAGGAGUUACAUGCGCGUUGCCGACCCUAACCUAUUUUACUUUUUAACUAAAUAAUGGAACUGCCACUGACUAUGAAAUAUAUUGUUUAUUGUAUCUUACAAUGUUAUGUAUAAUUCUUACAAAAUAUUCUGUAAGUUAUGUGAAACUUGUGUUCAUGUUAGUACCCACUACAAUUUAUGGUAUUUGACGUGUUCUUGUCCAUAAGGGACCCUAGUCACAUCAUAGGAUAGUGCUUCAUUGGUGCUAGUCCCAUCAUAGGAUGAUCUCUUGUAACGCAUAAAGCGGUAGAAAUUGUUCAGGUGUCGGUGAAAUAUCAAAUAUACUCCAGAUUUUCACUGAAAUGUCUCAUGAUUGGAGCCGUUAAGAUAUGUUUACCAUUAAAAAUUAUCUAAUCUUACGAUUUAUAUGUACCAUUGCUUGUGUUGUGUAAUAAAGGGUAUAUACAUAUGUGAUUUAUGUGAAUGAAAACCGUUUUAAUCUAACGUAAUUGUUAUUUAUUUAUUUUGUUGGUGUUCCUGUCUUUGGUUGGCCGUGCUGGUGUUUAAUUAGGUAGGUACGAAAAAAUCCUUGUGAGAUGAUUUAUGUAGAUUUACACGCUUUCGAAAAAGAAAAUAUACCGAAUUUAAGCUUA